AUGCAACAACAACAGCAAACAACCAGCAGAAAAUCAACAGUAUCCUUCCAGGAAGAGAGCAUCGAGUGCCAAGAUACACCAGUGCUGGAUAGACGAAUGUCAUUAUUGGCCAAGGCGAAACGAAGGGUUUCUCUCGUUUUGAAAAAGAAAAGUCCACAAAAUGCAACACCCGAUAAUGAUAAUCACCAACAACAAGAAAAGAUAACACCACGAAGUGAUUCGAAUAGUACUGGGAAUUUUGACGCAGAUUCAUUCUAUUCGAAUGCUGGUUCGACAACUUCAUCUUCUACACUUUCGAAUAGUUUUUCAUCACCAAGAAAUGAACGACCAAGGUUCAGUUUUGCUUCCCUCUUUCCUACAUUUACGUGUCCAUCAGGAAACACCAAAAAACUGGAAGUUUCAGCAGAUUUCGACAAGAUGAAACACGAACGAAUGCUACGAGUGAAAUACUAUGAAGAUCAAUUGGAAUUUAAGAAAGUCAAAAGUAUAACCAACACGAGCAGAGACAAUUUCAAAAACAAAUUGAAAUCUAGAAAGAGUUUCCACACUUCAACAAUUUUGAAUCAACCCAAGCAAGAAACCAUAUCAACAAACGAAACUAAUAUUACAACACUAAUUCAUAGAAAUUCGAAAAAGUGGAAUUGGACCUUUUACGAAAUAAUUCAAUAA